UUAGGAAUAUGGCUGCAACACUUUCGCUUUCAUUUCCUCGCACGAGAUCACACAGCAACGCGACCGAUAUUCAUCCAGUGAAUGUUGCUGCAUCACUUUCACUUUUACCCGGUACUGAUAAACGCCAUAGGUCUGCUUCAGUUCUCAAAGCAGCUGAGACUAAUGUAUCUAACACUGACAGUGAUAAGGCCCUUGUUGCAAAGAGAGUCAAGACCAACAUCCAGGCAAGCAGCAGCAGGUCCGUUCUGUCAUGGAAAACAGAGACUGAUAUUGAUGUGGUUCCACACACUUUGCGUUUCUUUCCUGCACGGGAACCUGGACCACAGCUGAGUCCUGCAGACGCACACACACCCCUGAGUCUCUUCAAAAUGUUUUUUCCUGAGGAUGCAGUUUCAACUCUAUGCCAUAACACCAACGCUCAGGCUGCCAGGGCAAAGGCAAAGGGUUCCAAGUAUAAAUGGAAAGAUGUCAGCGUCACUGAGAUGUACCGCUACAUUGGACUACUAUUUUAUAUGGCCAUGGUAAAGUUGAUCUCCAUAGGAACUGUUUUGAACAAUGGCACGACAACAUUUAACUCCAUUCUCAAAGAUUUACAGAUGGUUUACAAAUGUAUAUCUUAUUUUUUAUAUUGUAUUUUUAUAUAAGUAUUUUUAGAUGCACACCAAACUGUACAUUCACAGCUGACAUUUAGAAUAAUUUUCUUUUAAUAAGAGCCAUAUUGUACUG